CAGAUAACUGUCAAGUGUCAAUUGACAUUUUAGAAAUUUCUUCGCGAACGAUCUUGAAUCAUAUUUUAUAUUUAUAGUUUAUUAAAUUUUAUAAAAAUAUCGAUCAUGACUUCUCUAAUUAGAACAAGAAUUGUUUCAUUGCGUGCCCUCGCUAAUAUCAGAAUGUACUCUGGUGAACCAGGAUCUGGCGCUGGCAAGGGAGGCGGUGGCGGUGGAGCCAUCCGUGAGGCUGGUGGUUCCUUUGGAAAGAUGGAGGCUGCGCGUGAAGAUGAAUACUUCUACAAGAAGCAAAAGGAACAACUGGCUAACCUCAGAGGCCACCUAGACAAGGAAAUUGCCUUUCACCAGGAGCAAAUAAAGCGCCACGAAGAUGCCAUCCGACGUCAUAAGCAAACCAUUGCAGAAGUCGCCGAUAAGUGAAAUUAAACUCUAUCUAGAAUACUUAAAGUCCUGUUCACUUUGCGAAAUGUUUACAACAGGUCUAAGAUUGAUGUAAGAUUAUAUAUUUUUGUGUAAGGUGUCGUUUUUUUUUUCGCUUUUAUUUUGUUUAGUUAUAGAUGUGAGGAUCAAAUAUAUUGUGUACAGGC